GAAAGAGAAGAAAAUAAUAAGAGAAGGAAAGAAAAAGUAAGAAACUUCGAGGGAGGAAUUGAUUAGAAAAGGAUCAUCGAGAUUGUCAUCUUCCAACGAUCCCUUCAACCCCACAAAUUUUCUUGUUUUGAUUUGGUGUCACAGCUUGAUUCUCAAUUGCUGCCAUUCCAAACAUCUCUUUGUUCUCUCUCUCUCUCUCUCUCUCUCUCUCUCUCUCUCUCUCUCUCUCUCUCUCUUUUUCUAUCUCUCUCUUUUUCUCUCUUCUCUUUUUCUCUCUUUCAUCUGCCUUGUCUCUUUCCUCUGCGACUCGUAAGGAAAGCCAGAACAUUUUGGAUUUUUAAGAGGAUUUUUGUUUCUGAGUCGGGACUUGAAUUGGGUUUAUGGGUUUUAUCAAGGCAUUAGGGUGCAAUUUUGAUUGCACACGAGGUGUUGCUGCCAUGGCUGGAAACAGAAAUCCAGAAAUGGGGGUUUCUCCUAGUAAUGUGGGUCAGCAACAAAAGAGGGUCUAUCAAGGUUGGAGGAAAGGCAACAAGUUUUUAUUUGGUGUGAGGAUGAUAUUUGGUCCAGAUAUAGCUUCCCUGCUUCUUACAACAUUCCUGAUUGCUGCACCUGCAAUUGCAUUUUGUGUAAAAAUAUAUCUUCAAAUCAAGAAGAAUGAUGACUUUUCUCAUGACUUUUGGUUUCCUGUAGUGGUUGUGGGUGCAGUUCUCACUGUUUUGGUAAAUACCAUUGGCAUUUAAUUCCCGAAGAGUUUACAUAAACUAGUUGUCAUCUUAUGCAUCUUUCUACCAUUUUCUCUUGUGUAUUGUCUUUUUUCAGCUACAGAAUGGUAAUACAACUUUUUAAUAUGCAUAGUUGCCCAACAACCCAUGCAGGAUUUAAUUUUCCUCCUCAUAACAAAUGUGAGAGAUCCUGGAAUUGUCCCUAGAAAUUCAAGACCUCUUGAAUUUGACGAUACAUUUGAUAUACCUACCUCUUCCAUGGAAUCGAUUAAUCUCACAACCCCUCAUCUGAAACUAGCUCCAACAAAAGAUGUUGUUAAUGGUCACAUAGAGAAAGUAGAGUUUUGUGAUACGUGCUUGCUUUAUAGACCUCUUAGUACUACUCAUUGUUCUAUAUGCAACAAUUGUAUCGAGGGAUAUGAUCAUCAUUGUG